CUUUAAGUUUGUUCCUGCUUUCGCUUUUUCAGCGCCUGUUAGUGGGAGGAAACGGGGCAGAAUUUCACUUUCUCACCACGUCUCUGAGUUUCUGCCACGUCAGUUUGUACAUACACGCCGUCGGGGCAAAUAAAAGGCAGCUCGGUAUUCAGGACAUACUGAAAAACAAGACUCUGUAAGCUAACAGGCUAAUUAGCACACAAGCCCAAGCUGUGAGGCUAAUGCUAACAGGCUAACAGGAGAAGCUAGCCGUCUAUAGUGUGAGCCUGGGAUCACAAAAACACGUCGUUUUUUAAUUUAUUUUUUAUUUUAUCGUGUCAACAUGGAGGGCCAAUACAACCUCAAGAGUCCGGCGGUGAAGAGGCUGAUGAAGGAAGCAGCUGAACUGCGAGAUCCCACUGAGCACUAUCACGCCCAGCCUCUGGAGGAUAACCUGUUUGAGUGGCACUUCUCAGUCCGCGGGCCUCCGGAUUCAGACUUCGACGGGGGGAUCUACCACGGCCGCAUCGUUCUACCUCCCGAGUAUCCAAUGAAGCCACCAAGCAUCAUCCUCCUCACCCCCAACGGGAGGUUUGAAGUCGGGAAGAAGAUCUGCUUGAGCAUAUCAGGGCAUCACCCUGAGACCUGGCAGCCCUCCUGGAGCAUCCGGACGGCUUUAAUAGCGAUUAUAGGGUUCAUGCCCACUAAAGGAGAGGGAGCCAUAGGAUCACUGGAUUAUACUCCGGAAGAAAGGAAAGCCCUGGCCAAGAAGUCUCAGGACUUUUGUUGUGAGAUGUGUGGAUGCUCCAUGCGUACAGCCCUGCUGGCUCUGACGCCCAACAGCGAGCGCCAACCUGUGGACCCUCAGGCUCAGGAACUAGCUCAGCAGAUCAGCUUUAAGGCCGAAUCCAGCACGUCAUCCGCCGCCAGCGAGAGUAAAGAGACGCCGAGCGUUAGCCCAACAGGCCAGCAGGAGACGAGCUCCAGCUCAGAGGCACCGGACAGCCAAGUGCCUACUCCAGAUGAACCGGCCGAACCGGCGUCUGAAUCCGCCUCCGCUCCUGCAGCUCCCAGCUCUCGGUCCCUGAGCCCUCGACAGCGGCGUGCUCAGAACCGGAACCAGAACCAGAACCAGAUACAACGCCGGCCCACUUACCCAGCAUUCCCUGUGGCAGCGCAGCAAGACGGCAGCCAUACAGGCUCAGCGGUGCUCAUCGUAUUGCUCAUGCUAGCUCUCGCCGCCCUCGUCUUUCGCAGGAUCUACCUGGCCCAGGACUACAAGUUCGACUACGAGCUCUAAUAGGAAGAGUUUUGUAAAUAAACUCCCAACAAAACUAAAACCUAAAACUGCUGCCAACCUCCACCUACUUCCAGCUGCCACAAUGUCUAGAGUGAUGCCUGAUUGUGCUUAAUAGUGCAUACCAAAGGAGGAGGUCGGCACAUACUGUACUUUUAUUUUGAAACGAUUCGCAUCUCGACUAUAUUCAGAAAAGAAAACGACUGACUUAUGUUGGAAAUGCACACCUUCGUGGGAUUACGAUGGGAUACCCCCCCCCCCCAUUCUGAUAUGUUAGUUGAUUUAGAUUCUAUCUAUUGCAAGACAUUUUAUUUGAGGCAAAUUUUUAUUUAUGAAGCUGUAUAAUUGUAAAUCGGUUUUAGGACCAUAACAAAAAAAAGUGGUAUUCAUUAAAAAAAAAAAAAACACCCUAGUUUGUAUAAAUGUAUCCUUAAGGAGACUAAUAUAAUUGAAUUAUAAAAAUCGGCUAAGCAGCAGUGAGUUGCUUUAGACCUGUGUUACUGAAAUGUUUUUACAUCUUUUUUUGGGACUAUUUGAAAGUUAAGCUACUAUUUGACGUAAAAACAGAUAUCUGAUUCUCAUACCUCAAAGGAAAUAACCAGAACUGAGAGUGCAUAGUAAAUAUAUGCAGGUAGGUUUUUAGGCUUGUACGUAUUGAUUUUUUUUUUUUUCUUUCACCUUCUUGCUAUUGACCAGUAAAGAAUUAAUGUUGGAUGAAUGAAUGAAUCAUCCCGGUAGAUAAAACAAAAAAAAACCCUGAGCAUUUCUACCAUUUCAGGUUUAAGAAGAAUACAGGAGUACGUAAUGUUAUUCACUGUGAGGAUAGGAACUUUCUGGCAAACUUAGCUGAUCAUUUACGAAGUGAUUCACAGUAAAAAGUACAAACCACACUUUGACAGUCCUGUUUAAAAAAAAAAAUUCAUAGGUGAAAUUUAUGCCUGAAAUGUUCUGGUUUCGUCCUUUUAUAACGAUGUCAUAUUUUAUAUGAUGUUAACUAUAUUCCUGUCCUAUGUUCACAGCACCUAACCUGCAUUAUAUUAGACUUUCUUUCAUAAUCAUGUACUGGAAAAUAUUCUCUAUGUUCACUAAGCUCUACAGCUCUAAAGAGCACCGCACGAGAGCAUGCAAGACAAGUGUGACGUCUUUUAAUCAGAUAGUGAUAUAAUACAAUCGGAGUAAGCAUCACUGGGUGUAAUCACUGGCAGUGUCACAGUAAAACAGUGAUAAAAAUGAGACAAGAAGGAAAUUGCGUUCUACAGCCAAAACUUUGUUAUUAGUUGCCGAGCUGAGACAGCCAUGCCCUCUGUUACAGGGCACACACACAUGAUCAGUGAUCAGAACUUAGAAAUAAAGAAAUAAAACUGAUCAGCAAUAUUGCAUUCCUAUCGAUAGGGAUUUUUUUUUUGCUAUAAAGACGCUUUAGAAAAAAAAUGUUAUAACACGAUAAAGGACUUUUAAUCUCUCGCUUAUUACAGCUUCUGAUGCAUGUGCUUUUGUUCGGAUGAAUAUAUUGUCACGUUGAAUUGCACCCCAUCUAAUGUUCCCCCAGAAUUACCACAAAGAUCAUGAAAGUGUAUUUAGAAUUUUAGACGAGCUCGUGCGGAACUAUUAAAUAUGCUCUUAAAUAACGAACAGCAUGCGCACCACACGGUUUAACCAGAGAACGUUCAGAAAGACCACGUGGAUCUUUUCCACCUGUCAGUUUAUGUGCAGUGCUUUUAUAUGUGACAAGUUUUACACCGGUGGCCCUAGAAGUAAAACGGCUCGGUUUUUAAUCGGAGUUGUGUGCUGUGAAAGCUGUUUUAUGAUUUUUAACAAGAGGCUGAUUAAAAUUGGGAAAAUAA